AUACACUUCCCACAUCAUAGAGACAAUACCUGUAUCGAUCGGGCGUAUCGUUUCCCCGUAGGAAUGCCUAUGACUGAUUUGAGUUGAACGCGUUGCGAUAAAGCAUCCACACAUCCACUGAAGGAUAUUAUGGAAACUGUUCAAACCCUUCGGGGUCAAAUCAUUGCGGUACCCGUGAAGGAGAAGUUGCAGAGUAAAUUCGACAGUUUCAAAGGUGCGCUUAAAAAUGCGGGUUUGCUCAAAUCAAGUGAACCCGGUUACGGGCAAAUGGCUGCAGAUGCAUCGGGAACAACCUACGACGCAGAUGGUCAAGCUGUGAUCAAAGAGCAACACACCUAUGAAGACGAUACGUGUCGAGGUCGUUGCAUGUACUAUGCUUGUUGUCGUUGCUCCAAGCGGUACUACACGGCUUGUCUGUCGAGCUUAGGAUUUUUGAUCACUUUUGGCAUACGAUGCAAUAUGAGCUGGGCCAUGCUGAGUAUGAUCGCCCGACACAAUCAGACACUGCACGAGCAGGCAAUGAGUCGCGCUCAUCAUCUUCAGCUGCGGCAUGGUGCGGAUGGUGUGGACCAUGUUGUGGAUCUAGUGGGAAUUAUAAAUGUCACGACGAAACCGGACUUCUACUGGACUGCCAAAGAAAGAGGACUUGUCGAUGGAUCUUUCUUCUUUGGCUACCUGGUCACGCAGAUUCCUGGAGGCGUGAUAGCGUCAAAGUUUGCUGCCAACAAAGUUUUUGGCGUUGCAGUCGGUGGAAGUGCGUUAAUCAACUUAUUCAUACCAUGGUCUUGUAAGGCUCACUACAUCCUGGUUAUGAUACUACGGACAAUGCAAGGCCUGGUUGAAGGAACUUCAUACCCGGCUUGCCACGGGAUAUGGCGUUUCUGGGCCCCACCACUGGAAAGGUCACGGCUUGCUACCAUUGCAUUCUGCGGUUCCUAUGCAGGAGCAGUGUUUGGCUUGUCACUUUCCGGCCUCCUCGCACAGAAUCUCGGUUGGCAGUCUCCCUUUUACUUUUACGGUAUAAGCGGAAUGUUCUGGUUCGUCUGGUGGUGGAGAGUGACCUACGAGCGACCGGCCAUACACCCAACAAUCACAGAAGCGGAGCGCGUCUACAUCGAAACAUCCAUAGGUGAUAACCCUAAUGUUUUGGAACACAAAAUCCCUAUUCCGUGGCGCCAAUUCUUUGUUUCGCUUCCUGUCUGGGCAAUCAUCGUUGCAAAUUUUGCACGGAGUUGGUCGUUCUAUUUGCUGAUCAUGAAAACGCCGAAGUACUUCAAGGAAGUCUUUGGUUACAAUAUGGCAGAGAUUGUUCAGGAUCUCGUCCUUCCUAUCCAAGUCCAUGGUGCAUGCGUGGCUGGGAUGCUUGGGUUGAUAAUCUGUACAACAGCGUUGACGGUCGUGAUUUACGAGAGUUGGUCACAUUACCUCUUUCUAAUUGAUGGAUUGUAUUUCCAGAACGAGUGUUUCCUCGGAUAUUUAUCUGUGACAGGAUUCCUGUCGGCACUACCUCACCUUGUGAUGGCGAUCAUUGUUCCCUUGGGCGGUCAGCUUGCAGAUCGACUGCGAAAAAACACACUGUCUACCACUACAGUCCGAAAGCUCUUCAACUGCGGAGGCUUUGGAAUGGAGGCUGUGUUUCUUCUAGGAGUUGGAUGUUCGAAAACAACCACAUCGGCUCUCGCCUGUCUCGUGCUGGCCGUCGGUUUCAGCGGUUUCGCCAUUUCAGGAUAUAAUGUCAACCAUUUGGAUAUCGCGCCAAGGUAUGCCAGUAUACUCAUGGGUCUGUCAAACGGUGUGGGAACGAUUUCGGGCAUGAUAUGCCCAUUGACUGCUGAACUGCUGACACAGGGAGGACGCAAAGAGGGCUGGACCAUUGUGUUUGUAAUAGCCAGUAUGGUGCAUUUUACGGGUGUUAUCUUCUACGCGAUCUUUGCCUCUGGUGAGAAGCAGCCAUGGGCAGAAGUACCAGACGAAGCUUUGUCCAACUGGCAGCCCCCGACAGAUUUACCUCCGGAUGGAGAGAAGGGGUUCGCGACACAUUUCCCAGCCCAACAUAUUAAUCGACCACUGGAGCGUGAAGAUUAUAACACAUAUGACCAAAAAGAUGGAAUGCGUGAGUAUGGAUAUGAUCAGAGCCCAGACGCGAGGACCUAUACCCCACAGAAUGCAGAUCCUUAUCAUCAAGGAUAUUAGUUUAAACUCAUUAUCGGGUCGAUUCUUCCAAACAAUCGCCUGACCCUCCUGGACCUUUGGCCUGGAUGUCUGACUUAUUUUUUAUCAAAGUCACUCCCCGCAAGUCACGGCAUAUCUAUUACUCAUUCUACUAAUACUACGCAGAAAGGUACACCGCUGAAUCCCGGAUUAGUGUUCUUUAUCAUUUCCAACAAAACUAUUGGAAGUUGACCGAGCUAACCUCCUACUUUUCUUUCGUCCCGUUGCACUUAAGCUUAUGAUAUUAACCCUCCCCCCUGAAAAUCGUCCCUAUAUUUAUCUUUUUCUCCAAUCGACAUUUUGAUUGAGUUAUACUCUGUUAUGUUAUAC